AUGUCAUAUGUAGAUAAAACGAAAUACCAUUGUGCUACUGUAUCACAAAACAAGUGUUCUUCAUGUGUAAAAGGGUACAAGUAUAUUAAUGGGAUGUGUGAGAUAGGAGAAGACUUAUGUAUGUUAUAUGACGUUACUACGAAUGUAUGUAUAACAUGUACUGAACAUGCAAUGAAAGAUGGGGGGUAUUGUAAGAAGGAUUUAAGCAAUGAAAAUUGCAUUGAACAUAGUGACCACGAUUGCACUAAGUGUACAAUUGGUCUUCAUUACGAUAACGAUAAUAAUCAUUGUGAAGUCAUGGUUUCUCAUUGUUUAGAAUACAAUGGAAAAGUCUGUUCGGUAUGUCAAGAAGGGUACUAUUUAUCUCUUGACAAUUUAUGCUAUUUAGGGGAUGUAAAUAAUUGCAAAGAAUAUAUAAAAACACUCGGCGGGUAUGACAAAAACACAUGCGCGGUCUGUUUCGACGGGUUUGUACUCAACACUAAAGAUAACACUUGCACCAAAAAUGGAUAUAUACCUCACUGCAAAGACUAUGAGUCGGGACAAUUCUAUGGACUUUGCUCAAAAUGUGGAGAUGGGUAUGGUUUAUCACCAAAUAAUGAUAAUUGUGAAUUAUGUUUGACAAAUUGUGAAAAGUGUACAACUUCGAAUUAUUGUUUAAAAUGUAAGAAAGGGUUUUAUAACACAGGGAAAAUGUGUGAGAAAUGUAAUAAAUCAUGUGAUUUGAUGACAAAUUUAAUUAAUAGUUGUUCACAAUGUGGGUGCGUUGUUAAACCAAAUAACGGGAAGUCAAGUUGUGUCGAAACCGAAAAUUGUGAGGAGUAUGACGGGAGUGGAAAUUGUGAAGUGUGUUCCCCGAAAUAUAACAAAAACGGAAAUAUUUGUGAAUUGGAUCAAAACGGGUGUUUACAAAGACAAAAUCAAAACAAAAACGAAAAGUGUUUACAAUGUCAAGACGGUUACUUUAUGUUAGAAGAUUUCACUUGUUCUAAAUGUGAUGAAAGUUGUGAGACUUGCUUUUAUGACAAAACAAAUUGUUUGACUUUUUCGCAAAAAUCUUGUGAAAGUAAACAUUGCGAAGAUUGUCACACAAAUUCCAAAAUAUGUGAAAAAUGUGAUUCUUUUUCAAAAAUCGAAAAUGGAAAUUGUUUAGUUCGUUUUUGUGAAACAAAAAGAGCAGAUGGAGUUUGUUUGAAAUGUGUGGAAACUAUAGAAAGAGAUGGUCUCUCUUUCCGUACAGAAUAUCUUCCUUCACCAAACAAUUUGUGUUGA